ACACACACACACACACACCCUCAGAGAUCAGCCGCUCCGCACAGAUGAGGGACGUGGGGAUCCUGAUCAACGGCAGCAUGCCAGAUCUGCAGGGUCUGGAGGUGAAGUGUGAAUAUGACGUGGGAAUCGUCACAGUCGCCACCGUACAUCUAGACUACGGCACAGCACAGAUCCAGACCUGCCCUCUUCCGCCCCCUCACAUGUAUCCCACAAACCCUUUUGGGAGAGAUCAUGUCACGGUCCACGUGGACAUCAGUGUUAAUCAUGUUCCUGUGGUCUCCGGGAGAUUCAUCGUUUACGAUUGCAAACAAACUGGAAAAAUCCACUUUGAAAAUGCGUGCACGAGCUGUUUGAGUGCUGCGUGGCGCUGUUACUGGGACCCGAAGCUCAGUGAGUGUGUUUCCAGCAAGGACAACACAACGUAUGCUCUUCUGGAGAAUUCCUCGUCCUGUCCCAGGAUGGUGGCCUAUGAUGUUCCUCCACUGCCGUCUGGAAGCACUCGUGUCUACUCCCUGGAGCUCGAGAACAUAGAGCAUGGCACUGAGCUGGACUGUGUCUUCAGCGACGGGCAGCUCGACAGAGCACAGUGGCAGGACGGGCUGUCGGUGACCUGCAGUGGAGUGACCCUCAUAUCUACAGUGUGGAGCAAGAUAUUCAAUCUGAAUCUGCGGAGAAGAGGAACCAACACAUAUAUAGACAGUCCAAAGCCCAUGAGAGUGGAGGUGUACAGCUGCAGUGCGGGUGACAGCGACUGCUCUCAGUGUUUGGGCCGUCAGAUGCAGGGCCACAUGUGUGUCUGGUGUGAGAACAGCUGUCAGCAGCGGGACCAGUGCCACUCCAUCACCACACGCUGCCCAGACCCACACAUACAUAAGGUGGAGCCGCUGUCCGGGCCGCUCACGGGGGGCACACUGCUCACUGUGCAGGGCAGGAACCUUGGACACAGGACUGAUCAGCUCAACGUCUCCAUCGGCCAUGUGCCCUGCAGCUUACUGCCACAACACUACACUGUUUCAGUCAGGUUGGUUUGUGAGACUGGUGUAUCAUGGAAACGGAUGAGUGAUCGUGUGAGCGUGAGUGUGGACGGGAAAGCAGUGGGCGUUUCGAAGGACAUCUUCUCCUAUGUGGAGCCCAGUCUGCUGGAUUUCAGUCCGAGGCAGGGUCCCGUCGCUGGAGGAACCAGACUCACCAUCCGUGGUCAGUCCCUGGACGCUGGAUCCACUGUUAACGUCAAGAUCAACGGGACUCAGAACUGCACCAUCUUCAUGCUGUCUGGAGACGUCAUUGAGUGUGUGAUGCCUCCAGCCGAAGCGGCCGUCGCUGAGAACGUGUCCUUGUGUGUGGUGUAUGACGGCCGGCCGUGCUUCAGCACUUCACCCAGAUUCACAUUCACCUACGAGAAGAACCCUACUAUCAGUCACAUCAGACCCAGCAAAAGCUUCCUCAGCGGGGGUCGCAGUAUCUCCGUCACUGGAUACGGCUUCGAUCUGGUGCAGUCUGUCAGGAUGGAGGUGUCUGGAGUCGGACAGACGAGCUGCUCCUGUGUGUCACCUACUCUGAUCGUUUGUCAGUCUCCUGCCGCCAAUCAAUCCCAGCAGGCCACGGCUCUCUUCUACCUCAACGAGGUUCUGUACAGAGGAGAGGACACGUCUCCAUCAGGACGAGGGCCAGACGAGGACGAGCAGCCUCACGCUGAUGCCUUUCACUUUGAAUAUGUGGAGGAUCCACAGUUCUAUACGGCCAACAAAGAGAAACUCAUCAAACAUCAUCCUGGAGAGCCCCUCAUCCUCAUCAUCAAUAAAGGGCUGAGCGAGCUGGAUCUGACGCUGCAGGAAUACUCUGUGACCAUUGGCUCAGACCUCUGUGACAUCACCUUCUACAACGAGCAGCUGUUCCACUGCACCAUCAACAGAUCCCUGAGCGCCGGCUCCGGAGAGCUGCCUGUGACCGUGCGUGUGGGUCACUUCUGUAAGGUGAUAGCGGUGGUGCAGAUGGGUGGAGGCAGUGAGCUGGCCAUCGUGGUCUCCAUCGUGGUGUGCUGUGUGCUGCUGCUGCUGUGCACUGUGGCACUGGUGGUUUAUUGCACUAAGAGCCGCAGAGCAGAGAGGUACUGGCAGAAGACUCUGUUACAGAUGGAUGAGAUGGAGUCCCAGAUCCGUGAUGAGAUACGCAAAGGUAAGACACACACUCACACUCACACUCUUACACACACACACUCACUCUCUGCAGUGAUGGAGUGUUAG